UUUCUAUAGCGAAUCCCAGUAUGAAGUUUCAGCCACAAACUCUGAAUGGCCAUCGACGGUCUACUGUGACACUCUAUUUGGAAAAUAUGGAAAAAUCAUGAGUAAAACAUUUGGAGCAAUGGCGGAAACCGACGAAGAAAGACGAAGCAUAUUGGCAAGAGAGUUCACCAAGGUCAAUAUUUAUUUUGAAACCUUCAAAGUUACAAACAUUGGAGAGGAUGCCAAAUAUGAUUUUUCGAAAACUUUGAGUGACUUGGGAGGAGCAGCAGGGCUCUACUUGGGAAUCUGCGUGGUUACUCUACUGGAAAUCCUUGAGCUGAUUUUGUCUUUGUGCAAAUCUUCGAUCCGUUUCCUGUGCUGCAGAUCAUCGGGAAAAAUGCAGGAUAAGACUACAAUGGGAAAUGUAACCCACCUGCAGGCCUCUCUGGGGCUCUGUGGGAGGGAGAGGAGUGUCAAGAGGUCAUUUCUGCUUUGCACUCAAGAGCGGGAGCGGGAUUCCCACGGGGUGCAUCACGCGAUAUGA